AUGGAUUUCCAGACAGGCAAGAACCUGGCAAUGCAACAGAUGGACUAUCAACAAAUCCACACCAGUAGUUUUGUCUUACCAGCUAAAGAAGAUAUCAAAACAGAAAAAACUGAAGAUGAAGAAGCAGUCAAUGGUAAAAUAUCAGGCAAUAAUUCUUGUCAAGAUCACUCACAGACAGAAACGCUUUUAUCUCAGAAUCAGGAGGUGCUUAAUACAGGUUUUAAUGAUGUAGAGAUGCCUAAACCUCUAAAUAGCCUACUACCAGGGACAACUAUACAGUUACAGCCUCGCUCACCAUCCUCAGACAUCACAAGCCUUACCAGCCCUGUACAAGCAAAAAAUCCUGUAAAUACACAGUAUUUGGAGCCCUCUGGGAAGUCAGAUAAGAACAGUAUUGCUCUUACUAUGCUCCCCUCAGAAGCAGGAAUUCCUGAUACACCAUUUGGUAAAAACAAGAACGGGCAGAUUAAGCGUCCUAUGAAUGCGUUUAUGGUCUGGGCCAGAAUUCACCGUUCAGUCCUAGCUAAAACCAUUCCUUCUACCAGUAAUUCAGAGAUCAGUGUACUGUUAGGUGCAGAGUGGAAGAAGUUAAGCUUUGAGCAAAAGAAACCAUAUUUUGAUGAAGCGGAAAGAAUCAGACAGAGGCACCAACAUGAAUUUCCAGACUGGGUAUAUCAGCCAUGCAUUAAGAAGAAAAAAUGUAGUCCACCUAGUGUCACUAAUGACUUCUCCAGCCAUUUUACUACAUGCACAGUGAUGUCUUCCAACCUUUCAGAUAUAUAUACGUUAAGUUCCUCUGCCUUCACCCACUCCAUCCCUCCUUUGGUUCACAGUAUAGAACUACUGCCAAAAGCUGACAUUCCUACACAGCUAACACAACCAGCCAGCACAAUGCCAACACAGUCGACAUCCAGCAUAUCCCAGCCAGAAAAAACAGAGACUGUGUCCUUGCACCAUCCAGCAGAAGUCAUCUCUAAUGAUCAAUCUUCUUUAUUUCUGGAGAGAAAUGUCCACUCAUUGGGUAAUGAGAGUGAGGUAUCUUCCAAAUAUUAUAUGCCUGAUCUGCAUCUUGAAAAUGAGUUUGUCAGUAUGUCUUUGUGUAGCAAUACUGGUCUCAUUGCUCCAAUGGUUGGCCUUCCACGUGUUUAUCACAUGGGACUUCCUUGUCACGUGGAAGAUCCCAUGCACUUAUCUUUCCACCAUGCUCACUUUCUGCCCAUACCUUGUGAUAAGCCACCCAGCACCUGCCCAUCCAGCUCACCUCCCUCUAGUUCCGGGGAUGGUUUUCCCAUUUUACCAGAUGAUGUGCAUUAUGAGGAUAGUUAUCAGGAACUGAAAGACCUCCUCUCUGGUGUUGAUGACUACUUUUUAUCCAUCGACCGCGAUGACGAUAACCAAGACAACGACUUGAAUGACUCCAAGAACAGUGAAUGGAACUCUUUCUUUAGUGAAACUGAUGUGUUUCUUCCUGUAGUUCAAAAAUUGGAUCCAUCUGCUACCUCGGAGGUCUCUCACUUCGAUCAAUUUAAUGCAGAUAAUAUUGAUGAUGAGGAAAUACUGGACAUUAUGAGUAAUAUAUCACUUUCAGAGUUACACUCUUAA